AUAUAAAAAAAAUUGUGAUAAAACUAGCUCAGUACACCGUUCUUAAAAUGCCUUUGAUAAAAGAGAUUUGUCAAAGACCUUCUACACAGUAAUACGAGGCUCAGUACUUUGACAGUGAGAUAGAGCAAAACAAACUACAAAUGCCGUUUUGCUGAGCCAUAUUUCAAAGCGAAACUUUCAAAUUACCAAAUUUUUACUUCGCCGUGAAGAAUGGCUUUUAACAGUGGACGACACAUCUCGAUCCAAAGACUUCACGUGAUAUUAAAAUAUUUUUCAGAAACCAGAUUGUAUACAACACAAGAUUGAUGACCACUAGAAGCCUACUCUCUGGCCACACCUGUUUGUAGCGAGGCUGGAGGAAGACACUCGUCGAACAUGAAGAGUGGAAGUAGUAUUCACCACGUAUUUACUUUUCUGGAGAGGCCCAACGGCCCGAGUAAGAAGGGUUGUUUAUUUGUAGCCCUGUUGCUGGUGUUGAUAACGUUGGCAAGGAACUGGCUGGUUGCGAAUGGCGAGACGGAGGCGGCUAGUGACGGACACCUCGCAACGACGCGCGGAGCUGUCGGCCGGCUGGCUGAAAAAGUUCGGCAAAACGGGACGUUGCAGCCGACUGCCAGUCUGCUCAGCGUUGCUGGCGACAGCUCUGACACGGACAAAGACAGUGCUGUGGGCGAGGGAGAGGAUUGCGAGCCUGCGGAAGGUUCAGACCCUGAGCCGCCGACAGAGCUGUCGUGCUUGGCCAGCGAGCUGAGCCGCAGCCUGCGCCUCGACGACGAGGGCGACGGCGGCUUCGCGGAGCCUAGCCUCUGUCCAGGACAGCUCGGCCUCAUGACACUGGGCGGCGAGUACAAGCCGAUGGCCGUCGCGUACGCGGAGUGCUCGUCGGGACUGUCGUGGUGCCCUCAAGCCGAGCAGUGUCUGCCCAUGCUGAGGGACUCCGUGGUUCUGCGCCGCGAGUCGUGGCCCUUUCUGCCAGCGGAAGGGGCCAGCCCGCUCGGCGCGGUGCGCUCGCCCACGCAGACCUGGAACUCUGUCAGGGUGAAGAUACCUCACUCCUGCUUCUGCGGCAGACGUCAUCACCAGCCGGAAGAUGCACAGCUCCAAGCUGCUGAUGCUCGAGAUGUCUGAACUGGGAUAUCUGCAGCUACGUGCCGGCAUCUUGUAAUCGGCCGUCUGAAAGUUACUAGGGACUGUGUGUUUCGAAAACAUGCUUAAUAGCUCGUUAAAUUUUGACAUCAGUUUUUAAUCUGACGUACAGUCUUCAAUAUUUUAGAGUGAAUACAAUGAACUAUUCUCCUAUUUAGUUAGUUGAAAGACCUUUUAAAACUUGUCGAUAUUCUUAGUCGCGAAUUUUAAUCAAUAACCUAAUACUGUGAAAGGAGCAAUAGCUGGACUGCAUAAAAGGUAUGUAGGCCAGGCGGUACGAAACAAAUUAGGAACGUGGUACCAAGUCGCAAGUAUUGCGAGGACAAUGUUAUCUUUAGACAGGUAAUGAGGGCACAGGGAAUUUGUGUAAGGAGUUUGACAAAGUGGACAUGUAAUCAUAGUAUGUGGAGCAGAAAUAUGGUAGCUAAGAACAGAAGUAAAAUUAAAUCAUAAAUGAUGACCUGCGUGGAAUAAGAAUAGCAACUGCACCGAAAAAUUAGUUUCGUGGAGAUCUUUCAGCGCCAUCACCAGAUUUGUGCCUACACUGCUGUCAGCCGCGUGAAUGCAGGAUGUGCACAAUGCUGUUCACUGAAAUGAAAUCUCAUGAGUGUAGUGCCUGUUGCUAUAGUUGGGAGACUGGGUUGGGGGGAAUAUAGAUACGGUCGAUAUCUGACCAAGAUGAUAGUACAGUUGGCUGAGCUUUUUGAAGAGGGGGGUCCUUCUGGCGCUGGUGUCAAAGGGGUAUCUUUUUUUAGAUUAGAAGCAGGAUUUAGUCAACUUGUUGUGAAAGGUGACAAUAACAGAGUCCACAAAAUGUUUAAGAAUGAACAGAGAUUAAAGUUAGAAUAUUCGAGGCUAGAGUAAUAAAGUAGAACAGCUGCUUGUCUAUUUGGAAAAUGUAGAUAACGCUGAAAAGAGCCAACCAAUGUCUAUCUGAAUACAACAUAACCACAAGUUUAGAAGAGUUAAAUACAAAACAUUCUUCACACUCACAUAAAACUAACACGGAAAGAAGAGUUACUACAUAUGUUAAGACAGAACAUAAUUUCACAAACAUUGGAGCAAUUAGGUUUUGUGAAGAUCAGUACAUACUUUGAAGUGCGUACUUGCUAUCUACCAGCUUCCGCUGUAACUGUAAAUAGAUCCCCUACUAGUGAGUUUUGAAGUGCUGGAAGAAUGUGGAUCCCUUAACACGCCCUCUGUUCGACAGAAGCAAGUAAUUAAAUCUGUGACGAUUUCAGUUUAGAUUUUUUGAAGGAUUCUCAUAGGAAAAUGAUACGGUAACCUUACUUUUAUCCUGUAAUAUGACAUCAGUAACUAACUUUCCAGUACAGGUGGAUAAAGACAGGAAACCUCUAAUAUUUUCUUAGAUGCUCAAGGCAAGAAGAAAACUAUACUCCUAGUAACAAAUGUUGUCUCCAGUAAUUUAUGCACAGUUAUGGUAAAUAGGAUAGGGCCUUAAGGUAUAGCUUCACCACUGUGAAAUCAGAGUAAUUGGCUCUAGGACAUUUUUUAUUUUGGGAAUAAUUAUGAGAGACAACGCGGGAUCAAAUUUAUUGUGAAACAAACGCAGACAGAAAAUUUAAUGUGUUCUACUGUGAACAUAAAACGUUGUGUAAAGAACUGUGGAUCAUUUGAGAGAUUAAAGUAUUUUAUGAAAGGAAAAAGGAAACUUACCUGUUUGCAAGAAAAAGUACAUAUCCUGCAGUAGUUGCACAGUACGAAAACUACUUGAUAUUACUAAGAAAAGCUACUGAAAAAAUAGAGGAACAUGGACGGUGUCAGAAACGCAUGAUUAAAACAACACACUUACGUCUGUAUGGGAUGCAGUGAAACAAUAUACUACAGAACAGAGUAAUAUCACUGUGUGUUCAAUUGUCUUACAUUUAGAGAAAAUACAGGGAGAAGCUGUUAAACAAAAAUACUUAAAGCAGUAUGUUGAAACAGCAGCCUACAUAAAGAUGUCGUAUGGAUGUGACACCCACUUUACCUUCCAAAAUUGAGAAAAACUAAAAGCUCAUUUGGAUUUAUUGGCGUUUCUAACAAGUACGAAAGACUCGUUUCUGUAUAAUAAGCACAGUCUUUAUUGAAAUACGUAAUGCAUCACUAACGUUGGCAUAUUUCAAUCACCCUGGAAGAAAUACACUGAGUUAAACACCUCUACAAGAAAGACAGUAAGACAGAUAUCAAUAAAUACUGAACUGUUUCGCUACUGACAUCGUCAUAAUUAUUAGAAGAUGCACUCUAGAAUAGUAUUCCAUUUGAGCAAGAAGACAUAGUUAAUUACAGUUCGGGUUUCAGUAAAGAUGCUCAUCUGAGAAUACCCGUGUGGAUUACAGUACUUCACAGAUAAAGUGAGAAAUUAUGGAAAUGAUAUAGCUAAACAACUGGUAAUGAAAUAUUUAACGGAAAAACUCAUAUACCUGAACUUGUAAUUAAACCAGUGUAAGCAUGGGCGGUUAUUCAUACAGAUGGGGGGAAAAAACCGCACUUACGUGAUAUAUCAGGCUCAGUCUCAAGUCCACUAUUCCCUGUGCAUAUAAAGGACAUUCUGUCCAAUGUACAACAAGCAGAGUGUCGUUUUGGCAGCUGACUUCAGUAUUUUAAUUAGUACAUACAUACAUAUACAGAGAAAUAAUUAAUAAUACUUUCAAAAGUAAUACUGAGUGGUUUUCUGCAAAUUAUUUUACUCU